UACUUAUUUUAUGCUGAAGUUUCGUUCAAUGCAAAAGGCAAAUACGUGACUAUUUACAAACGUCAAAAUAUAAAUGGACCACCCAAGCAGGAAACUCAACAAUCACAAAAAUCCCUAGUCCCAUGAACCAAACUACCCCUUUAAUUUAUAAGAAUUAUGUAUGCUAUUUUAGAAAUCAAUAAUCAAUAAAUAAAAGAUAAAAUAACGAGGCUGCCGGUUCAUUUUGAUGUCUUUGCUCGGUUUUUUCCGGGUUGGGAUGUGUGGAGACUUGAACCGUCUGUAAAAUCAUUGAUUGAUUCUUCAGUGAGGCGAAAAUGGCCGCUACAGGAAAAUGCUUCCUUGUCACUGGCUCUCCUGGUAUUGGAAAGACAACUUUGAUAGUUAGAGUACUCGAAACCCUCAGAAAUUCCAAUCCUAAUUUGAAAGUCCAAGGUUUCUAUACUCGGGAGAUUAGAGAAGGAACAGAGAGGGUUGGGUUUGAGGUUGUGACGCUUGAUGGUCGUAAAGGGAUUCUUGCUUCUAACAAAAUCUCCAGCCCAGAGUCUCUCAGAUGGCCCACUGUGGGAAGAUACAGGGUAGAUGUUGUGUCAUUUGAGUUGCUGGCAUUGCCAGAGUUGCAGGUAAGGGAAGAUACUGAUCUUUUCAUCAUCGAUGAAGUUGGGAAGAUGGAGCUCUACAGUUCCUCAUUCUUUCCAGCUGUACUAAAAGUCCUGCAAUCCAAUAUCCCACUCUUGGCUUCUAUCCCCAUUCCAAAAGCAGGGCGAGAUAUACCUGGAGUUGCGAGGAUGAGAAAUCAUCCAGGCGCUAGAGUUUUCACACUCAAUGCAAAUAACAGGGAUGCUAUGAGAGAACAAAUAUAUUCCAUCUUGGCAGAUAUGGUGCAAAAGCCUUAGAUGAUACAGGGCAUAAUGUUGCAAAUGCUGUUUGCUGUUAAACAAACUUGAAUCUGAUAGUUAAUACUUCCAGAAACUUACCUUCCCUAUAGGUUGCUUAAUCACUCUUUCGUCCUUUGGAGAUGCACUAUUCAAGAAGACAAGAAUGGGAGAAGUGGAAUGUUUCCCUUUUCCCUCGAAAGGUCCAACUUUGAACAUCAUGGGUUGGAAUGCUCAGAACUGCUGCUGCGAUAGAGAGGAAUUGUGAAGAAGAGAGAAAAAUGGAACGAUGUUUUAUAACUCUAACUACAGCCAUCUACCUCUUGUCAAAUUUCACCAAUGUCACAAUCUCAAUUUCUUUUCUCUAUUAGUAUGGUGCUGAAAGACAAAGAUGUUAGCUUACUGACUGUUCUUAUUUGUGGAUUGUAAUCGUGUGCUUGCAGCUCUUCUGUGAACAUUGGAGUUGGGAAAUCAUUUGUAGAUUAUGAUUGAGCUUUUAGUUCAAUUCAUAUCAUUUCCUUUACAUUCACUUUUUUGGGACAUCAAAAAACAAGAAACCAAUAUUUGGAGGUGAAAGUGUGAUGCCUCUUGUUGAAGUUUACAUACUAGGAUCACAAAGGAAGGGACCUAAAGUUUUUACAUGCCAUAUUCAGGAGGAUGUAGACAAAUUUCCUUUUCACUGUUAGUGCAAAACAUCACAAGCAAAUAGAGGAGCAAAUAGAUAGUUUUCCUUUUCACACUGUCA